GUCCCUUCCCCACCAUCCCCACCAACACCCCCUCCAACGACAGAGACAAAAGGCCUGAUUCGCCUGCUGAACACUCCCCCCCUACACCCUUUCCCCCAUCUCUAUCCUUCCCUUCAUGAAUGUCCGCGAAGGUGGCGGUGGCGGCGGAGGCAGCCAAAGGCGGAAAGGAGGCCCGGACUGGGAGUGAAUCAGUCAACCAGAGUGGGAGGGGGGAGGGGAGGCGAGAAGGGGGAAGAAGAUGGAGGCUGGAAUGGCUGGGUAAGACACUAAGACAGGUGCUGAGGCCUCGAGAGGAAGACAUCAUUUUCCAGAGAUGGGGAAAGAUCUAACUGGGUAUGCAAUGUUUAGUUAUAUAUUUGCAUUUGCAUGUUUACGAAUGUGCAUGUAUCCGUGGGGCAUGUGGGGAGGGAUGGCAUCUGUUUGGUAGCAAUAUAGGUGCAUGGAUAAGCAGUGUUUGCCUGGGCCACCAUUGCUUGGGGAUUGGGAGUUGGGAGAUCUAGGGUAGAUAGAUGGUGCUUGGAUAAUGUUUACUCAUGCAAGGUGCAGGUAGGCGCAUGUGUACCACGUGUUUUGUCAUGCCGAUUUUUCUGGCGACUACGAGGAAACUCUUAGGUACAUGGAUGCUCAGUGUCUUGACUUGGCGGAUGAGGUUUUCGGAAAUUUCAAUGAAAGGAACUGUUCGAGAUUUGUUGUUCUGAAUACACAACCAAUUAUGGGUGGGAACCUCUGGGUACCUUACGAUACGAUACAAGGCUAACGAUGAUCUCACGGUAUGGCGAUAUAGCACUUAUCGAAACAUGGGUCAGGUUGUUCUCCCUGUGUUUUUCAAACACUGAGAGAACAGUCUGGGACCCAGCCCAUUAACGGCCUCUCAAGCAAGUACAAAAUCAAUCGACAAAUCAGAUUCGUUUAUUUGCGUGACGUGUUCUUAACGAGCAACGUUACUGUUCCGCAUCGGAAGUCGUCUCCACAACAACACAGAUGGCGAACAGGAGAGCCGAGAAUAUGUUCCAAUUCACGGUAAAAUCAGUUUUAAAUGACCAAAAACACAUCGACACAAGUCAUUGACAACAGUCUGUCUCGCGCUAGCCAUGUUGAAUAAACUCCGCUCUCCUCGUAUGUUUACUUCCGCGCGCAAGUCCCUCGUCCCGCCCGUCGCUGAUUGGUCCACUCCGCUGUCUGUUUGCUGUGGCUUGCUCUGCCCUGGAAAUUUUAUCCGCUUAAUGGUGGCCAGACUCAAUAGCUGGAACAGCGGUGAGUCUGGAGUACCAGACUAGGGUCAGGAAAUCAUUUCGUAAUAUUCUACAACUAUUAAACACAAUAACAAGCUGUGGAUCGGAAGGAGUUUAUGACUAGUUGACAUCCAAUCCAUUUGAAGUGGGAAAACGGCAAUGAUGAACGAAUGCCAUCCUUCCCAGUUCAAAUGAAUUGGUCGUCUAUGGCAGCCAGUCAUACCAAUUCAAUGCAAUUAGUUAAUUUUGGGACAUUUCAGGUAAUUUCCUGUUGAUUUUCAGUCACUUCCUGUUCAUUUCGGGGCAUUUACACCUCACUUCCUAUUGGUUUUGGGUUACUGAACAAUAAAUGACUCGAGAAUAUCCUCAAAUGAGUGGGAAGUGACUCAAAAUCAACAGGGAGUAACCAGUAAAUGCCCUAAAAUGAACAGGAAGUCACCUGUAAAUGCCCACAAAACUGGGAAAACUGGCUGUGAAUGCCGUAGUUUUAGUACCAUUGACAGGGCUAGACAUCCAAUUCAGCUAAAAUGAAUUGGCUGUCUAGCGUCGUCAAUGGCUGCCAAUAAGCUAACGUAGAAACGAUUCUAAUGGAAGAGUUUGGUAGUUUUAAAAUGAUGUAUCUAUUCUUGGUGGGGGCAUAUCGAUAAUCUUUUUGGGCUACAAAUUAUCACGAUAUAUGACCUUUUCGAUAUACAGUAUCAUCACACCCCUAACACCAAUACCUAACUCAGUUGAUUUGAAGCAUUGCACCCUCCAAUAUCCAUACCUACCAUCAUCACCCCAUCUUGAUUUCUUCAACAUCCUCAACCUCAUUAAAAACAAUUCUAUUCUCCUUAACCAGUGUUGCCAUUUACCAUAUCGUUUUUACUAUAAGUCGCACUAGCCAAAACUAUUAGGCCCCUUUCAUAAACAUAUCCAUGUAAAUUCUCAUGUAAGGUGACGCGGGAUUUACUCGCGUCAAUGCUUUCACGCAUGGAGAGAUAUCCCGGGAAUGGCGCGGGUUGGACACUUUCACAGACUUGUCCAGUGUCUCUCUGUGCGGGGAGGGCUGCUGGCGCGAUUUUAUAACCCGGACAUUACGUCAUUUUUGGUCGGCAUCAGCGGUCACAUUCUGUUGGUCAGAUUGUGUUUUAUUACAGAGGCGGAUGUGGGACCGUUUCCGAAGUCAAUUCAAGCUCAUCAAGACUGUAUUUAAGCCCAGGCGAUCCAAGAGAAGGGUGCCGAGAUAUUAACUUACUUGGUGCCAUUCGACACCUUGAACUCUCGAAUUUCGUGCAUUUGCUAGCUUAUUCGUCUGCCACCCUUGUUUUGAAAUCCCCUACGUAGUGCUUGUAUUUGAGUGUUUUGUUGUCUUAUCGGCUCUCUGCCUACCGCUUAGGUUAGUAUUAUUGAUCCCCGUCGACCUACUGUCACGGACGCAUUUUGUUAUACCCCCUUUCCCGCAAUCAUGUGUAUUUUUGUAUUUAAUAAACCAUUGAACGCAUCCCUCCGUUGUUUUCUGCUUUGAGGUUCAACCUUGUUCCCGCAGUUGAGGACCCUAACAUCGGCAACAAAAUAAACCACACAUUUCCAAAGAUAGCCGAUCCAGUAGCAAUUUAAUUUCGUUAUGUUUCAGUUUGCAAUGUUUUUCACUGCUUUUAAUCUUACUGCGAAGAAAGAGGAGGUAACGAUCAGCCCGCCAUGAUAUUUACGUCAUCAGCCAUCGUGUUGUGUGACCCGGAAAUUUAACGCUUGCUUUCACGCACACCGCUUCCCGGGAAAGUCCCGGACAUUAUACUAAGACGCGACCCAUUAAAUGUCCGUGUAAUCUCCGUGUUGGUCAACCCGGGAAAUUGAGUUCACAUACAAGGCUGCCCAUUUAAAUGUUGAUCACGUGUAUGUGAAAGGGGCUUAAGUCACAGUUUUGAGAGGAUUUAAUCUAUUUCAGAGAACAAGAACAAACAUUAUGAAUUAUAGUCAAUAAAACGGAGUACAACAGUCUGAACGGGUGUCUGGUAUUAUAACAUGGUAACAGUUAGUAGAUGACUAUACCCUAAACAACUAGUACCAUACCUUGUUUACUGAACUCUCGAUCUCACUCCAAAACACUACCAAAUCUAUUCAAGUUUUCAUAAUCGCUUCCGAAAUGUGACAUAUUUAUGUCCCACUGCUGUUGCCAUAGUGUGCACUUCCUGGGGGUGUUGUAUUACAGUAUAAAAGGAAUCUCUGUGAUGUGUCGGUGACACAUAUGCUGAGAAGCAAACUGAUGACAAUAAAGGAAUUGAAUUGAAUUAACAAUUCUGCCUACUAGAGUGCCAUUCUUACAACUGUAAGCCUGAAAAAACAUAUAUAAGUCGUGCCUGAGUAUAAAUCGCAGGCCCAGCCGAACUAUGAAAAAAUAGUGUGACAUAGUCUGGAAAAUACAACAUACAAGUUACUACUGCGAAAAUUUAUUCACUAACGAUAACGUUUUCUGAUCUUGCCAAUAUUCAUCUGCAUUUUCAUAAGACAAAAACAAAAAUGGGAUAUACUGUCCUGGGAGUUGAGCAUCCUGCCUGCUGCCUGUGAGCUCCUGAGGCCGCACUGCAGCUCUGGGCUUUAUGUCAAGGGAGCAGAACUAGCUUAAACCAGUUUGAGGCAGACACAGAGCUGAUGGGAACAAUGCUGUCUCUGUGUCUUCUAAGAGGUAUUGCGCUAUUUUGCGCCGAUCCAAAUGAGGACUUUUGCAUCUCGACCACCGGCUACCACGGAACAAGUGUCUAGGUUGCGGCUGUUCGCUAUGCGGCAAAGACUCGCAGAAAAGCAAGCAGGGAGGUUUGGGAAAGGACGAGGGGCAGAGGGGGGUGGCUGCCUGGAAGUCUGUGAAUCUGCAGCCCAGACACACACACACAUAAACACACACAUAAGGCAUGAUCUAUGUGUCUUGUUUGUAUGUCUGCUUGCUGCGUAAGAGGAUUCUUCCCAGGACCACCAGCACUACCCUGGAUGUAACCUGACCCUGGCAUCUGGGCCUUCUGUGAAGAGGCAGGAUUUUUUUGUUGUUAUUGCCAGGGUGGGGUGCAUGGCUUUUUAAGGGUUAGCAGUGGGAGUGUGUUUGUUGCAGGAUGGGAAAAAAGGAAGGUUGGCUAGUGGCUGCAGAGGAAGGAAGCGAGGGGGUGAGCUCCUUAUUAGAGCAGGGGAAAAAACAUGGGAGAUAUGAAGACACCAGACUUUGAUGACCUCCUUGCAGCUUUCGACAUCCCUGACAUGGUGGAUCCUAAAGCUGCGAUUGAAUGUGGCCAGCAAGAUGAGCAUGACGGCACGGUCAAACAAGCAAAAUGUGGGUCGACAACCAACGAAGAUGUUGGUGUAAGUGUCAUCGUCAAGAAUAUUCGGAAUAUGGAAACAAGUCAGCAUGUUGGAACCCUUUCAGGAAAAGAUGUGCAGUUCCACCCUGUACCUCAUUCUUUAAAUGGCAAUAAACUUGAAAAUGGUUUCUUAUCUCCCAUGCCAAAACCCGAUGUUCAUUACAUGAAAAAUGGAUGGAAUCCAACUAAAGUGGAUGGACAAAGAGUUUGUAAACAGGCGUCAACCUGCAAUGAGUUCAGCCCUAUCGUCAGCAGAGAGACAUUUCAGGAGGAAAAGAUUCAAGUUAGUGAUCCAACGAUCAAAAAGAUUGGACAGCUUUUCAUAAAAUCCAACAGCAAGAAAGAGAAACACCAAUCUAAAUAUCCUGCAUCUGUGGAGAACGUUUUGAAGUCCAAAGCAAAUGAGUUAAAACCGGAUCAGAAUAACAAUGAAAAUAUCACUCUGGAAAGUUGGACAUUCAAUAGCUCCACUCAAUUGAGGUUGUUGCGAGAUGAACCCAAGGGAACUCUUGACUAUACACAUUGCAAGGAGAAUAAUGGGCAAACAUGCCAAAUCCAGUCAAAGACCUCUGCAAAACUUUCUUCUUGUAUUGCAGCGAUUGCUGCUCUUAACACUAAAAAGGGAAGCCUUCCAGACUGUAUUUUAGGUUCUCCUAUUUCCCAGGCGGACUCAAACCAUGACAAUGAAAUUUCCAAAGAACCAGGAAAGAAACGUGAGCAGGAAUCAGCCUUGGAGAUGGCCAAGCGCCUGCUAUCGGGACCACCGGAUAGUCCCUCUAGUGUCCAUAGUGAGAGUAGCAGCACUGACACUACUCCAGUUAUUCCAAAAGUCAGGAUAAAAACAAUCAAGACCUCUUGUGGACAGAUCAAGCACACGGUCACGCGAGUCGUCCCAGACUUUGAUCUUGACAGGGCAAAUAAAGAUGAACAUAUUCCCAAUGGCUUGACAGUCAAGGCUACCAGUGGCGCAUUGUUUUCGUCUCCUACGAUAACGUCUUUGCCAACUACAGUUGUUGCGACCCGUGGAGGACCAUCGAUUGAAAUAACUAAGCAGAUGACCAUUAAACCAGUAGCUACAGCCUUCCUACCAGUUUCAGCUGUCAAGACAGUCGGUUCACAAGUCAUUAACCUGAAACUGUCGAAUAACACCACAGUCAAAGCAACGGUCAUUCCAGCUGCCUCGGUACAAAAUGCCGGUAGUGCCAUCCUUAAAGCGGCAAACUCCAUGCAGCAACAGACUGUUAUGGUCCCUGCUUCUAGUUUGGCAAAUGCCAAACUUGUACCGAAAGCAGUCCAUUUUAGUCAUGUCAAUCUUCUCUCCAAGAAUGUGUCCUCUCCCACUAAUGAUCUCCAAAAACCAAGGUCCUCCUCCAAGCAAUCGCAAAAACUAAAACAGCAAGCGGUUCUACAGUCUUCAAAGAAACAUUCCAGAGUUCAAGUCUUCAGCAGCUCUCAAAGCUCCGUAGUAGACGCUUUUAAUAAAGUCUUGAGUAGCAUAAAUCCCAUUCCCGUGUAUGUCCCAAACCUCUCUCCACCAACGUCCGCCUGUAUUUCUAUUCCAUCCCGUGGCUACAAGUGCCUGGAGUGCGGUGAUUCCUUUGCUCUUGAAAAGAGCCUGACCCAACACUAUGAACGCCGCAGUGUGCGGAUUGAAGUUACUUGCAACCACUGUUCAAAGAGUCUCGUAUUUUACAACAAAUGCAGUCUUCUGUCUCACGCUAGAGGACAUAAGGACAAAGGGGUUGUCAUGCAGUGCUCGCAUUUAAUCUUAAAACCCAUCCCUGCAGACCAGAUGAUACCGACAUCGCCCUUUUCUGGACCAACCACCAACACAGAUGGCAUCAGCUCCAUUUGCGAUGCGCAGGCGUUACCCAUUCUAACGGGAAAAGUUCCAAGCGGUGGUCCGCAAAGUGGAGUGAUGCCUGAAGCAGCCAUGCCCUUAGAGGAUGAUGCAUCAAAGCUCUGCAGGCACAGCCUCAAGUGUUCGGAAUGCAGUGAAACAUUUCAGGACGACAGCUCGCUAGCAACGCAUUAUCAACAAGUUAUGGAGACCAGUGGGCAGAAAACUUGCGGCAUCUGCCAAAUGCUCCUCCCAAAUCACUGCAGUUUUCUAUCCCAUCAACGAAUUCACCAGCACAAGUCUCCAUACACGUGCCCUGAAUGUGGCGCGAGCUGUCGUUCUGUCCACUUCAAGUCUCACGUCACAAAGAACUGCCUGCACUACACCCGUAAAGUUGGCUACCGCUGCGUCCACUGCAGUGUGAUCUUCGCUGAUGUUGAAACUCUGAAGUCGCACAUCCAGAGUACACACUGUGAGAUCUUCUAUAAAUGCCCACUUUGUCCAAUGGCCUUCAAGACCGCACCGGCAACACACUCGCACACAUCCACGCAACAUCCAGGAGUGAAAGCAGGCGAACCCAAGCUUAUAUACAAGUGUUCCAUGUGUGAUACUGUAUUCACCCUGCAGUCUCUGCUCAACUCCCACUUUGACCAGCAUGUGGUCAAUCAUAAAGUUCCUGUCUUCAAAUGCCCUGACUGCUCUAUGCACUAUGCACAGAAACAGCUCAUGUUGGACCAUAUAAAGGCCAUCCAUGGAACUUUGAAGCUCACUGAGGGUCCACCAAGCUUUGGACUCAAUCUCCCUCUCAGCAUCAAAACUACAAAUUCCAACAGUGUCAACAAUAACGGCGCAAGUAAAAACAACAAAGACAGUGGAAACACCAACAAUCAAAACAAGCGCGUAAAUAAAGAUGCACCCUCAUCACCAAAAACCCCAAACAAAACCAGUUCAAAGGAACUCAAGAAAAACAACAGUUCAGGGUAUACCUGUAGCGAAUGCAACACUGUUUUCAUAUCCAAGGAAGCCUUUGUGGCUCACAUGAAAGGAGAACACGGCAAGAUACUGAAGAAGCACCCGUGCCGUCAGUGCGACAAGUCGUUCAGUUCUACCCACAGUCUUUGUCGACACAACCGCCUCAAACACAAGGGGGUGCGCAAAGUCUACACCUGCCCGAACUGCCCAGCUCUGAUUAAGUCGUUCACCAAGAGAGUGCUGCUGGAUCAGCACAUUCAGUUGGUGCACGGGACCUCAGAGGAAAAGACUCUAACCUCUGACACAAGGGACGAUUUGCCGGAUAAGAAAUCGAAUGUCAGCCCCAAGAGAAAAACCGAAGAGGAUGAGGGGUCUCCGGGGUUGAAUGCCAGGAGUUUGGACAUGCAGCCUUUGAAAAGGCUGAAGGUGAACAUCCCUAAAGUUCAUCGGUGCGCCGUUUGCGGCUAUACCACAGAGGACGUCCCUGCCUUCCGCAAGCACAUCCCCCAACACAAGUCAGACGGCUUGUCCUACCAAUGCCAGGAGUGCGGCCUGUGCUACACUUCGCCCCGCUCCAAGGCCCGACACCUUUUUAUCGUACACCGGCUGAAGGAGCAAGGUCUCAAUCGAUUCAGGGGUAAGGACGAUGAUGAAAACCAGAGGGAGAACCAAAUCGACGUUGCGGUGGAUAGCGAUGAUGGGGCGCCAAAGACCAAAUGCAAAGUGUGCGGGAAGCUGUUUGAGACGGAGGGGAACCUGAACACGCACAUGAGGACACAUGGCAUGGCAUUUAUCAAAGCCAAAAGACUCAAUUCUGCAGAGAAAUGAAACCAUUCCACUAUAACCAAAAGUGUAUGUCUUAUCUAUUGAAAUCAACUACGUACAAAAUAUUGCAAUAUUCAUACAGUAUAUUCUAUAUGUAACGAGUGCACGCAGGUCCAUUUUGUACUCCCAAUGCCUUCAAGAGAGCGCACUGGCGGCUAAGGCUGGCGCUCUGGGCUUUUGGCCUAGCGGCUAAGUCAGCUCACUUGCCGAGCUGGACGCGCCAUGCUGACCUGACCUGACCAUGCGGCUCAACGCAGACAUUGGUGCCGUGACCCGGAUCGGCAGUGAAGGUUUCGGGGGUGAGCGUGAGAGGUGCGCGUAGGUCCGUUGUGUGUGUUGCAUGUAAAACCUCCCUCCCGAUGCCUUCAGGAGAGCGUGCUGGUGGCUCGAGCCGCUAGCCUGGGCUUUUGGACGCACCGUGCGCUGUGGGUACGAGAUCUGACCUUAUGUAACCGGUCCGGGUCACGCCACCAAUGUAAACGGUGUUCUGCCAAAAUAUCCCACACUUGCGAAACGUCCUACCAAAUUUGACACCCUAAGUACUACCAUGCUUUCAGUUUGUACUAACAAUGCCUGAAAGGGGAAGUGCAGAAUUUUUGACAUUAGGCUUAAUCUUUGAUUCACCUUAAUUAGUUUUUAAUUCUUCGGUUUAAUUAGUCGGUGGAGUUGAUUUCAACAAAUUUUGUGCAGUUAGUUAUUUAUUUAUUAGUGUCAGGGCGCCGGAGUGGCUAUGCUAGCGCGAGUCAAUUGGCCCGUCCUAGCAUGCCAAUAAAAAACAACAUAUGCACGCAUUAAAAUAACUGAUGACCCAUGCAAUUAAUAGUGCUGGCUAUGUUUUCAGGAUGAUGUUAUUAAAAAGAUAACUGUAGUGUGAACAGCAACAUUUCUAAUCUAUCAGCUCUGUGGGUAGGCUGCAGAGUGAAGUGAUAUUUUUCCACUGGUGUGUUUAUGUCGUAGCCAGCAGCAAGUAUCCACAGUUAGUAUUGUUCCUUGUUCUUCAUAAUGAAUUUGUGAAAACUCUCAUUUGCCCAUUUCUUACGUUUGUUUUCAUAACCUUUAAAUUCCCGUUUCACCGUCUUGCCAUUCUUAAGUCAAGACUCCGUAGACUGAUGCUGCAUUCAAGCAGGUGGUAGGUCGGAGUUUUCCAACCUCCGACCAGGAAAAAUAUAACUGGAAUGUCACUCGAACUAGGAGGCCCUAGUCGCGAAGUCAGAACAAAAAAGUACCCCGACUUCACGAGUUGCUUCAAAUCAGACGUCACUCGACACUCGUCACUUACCCGUCGGAAAGCAGACUGUCAGUAGUAAAACUGAAGAAGGCAAUUUACAGUGUAAGGCAGUUUACAGUGUGGUCUAUUUACCUUUGCCGUCGUUUUUCCUCCACAAUUUGAUUGCUUGCAAAAAGCCAUGUUUGCUAGAGCUCAACAUGUCUUGAUGGCCAAAAUAAAAAACACUUGGAACGCUUUGAGGUCGCAACUAGUACCAUCCCAGUGGGAUAAGUCCGACUUCCCACCUCCCUCGAAUGCAGGAUGAGCACCAGUGGCCGAAGCGCUCCUCUCUAGUUUGCUGUGACAUGGUUUUGGCCGCAAGGGUAUUUUAAACAACGACCUGCAUUGUGAAUUUAUUUGACUAUGUUAGAUCUGUUAAUAUAAUUUUUUAUUGGCAUGCUAGGAUUAGGGUGACCAAACGCCCUCUUUUGCCCGGACAAGUCCUACUUUCACGUAGUAUCCUCGUGGUCCGGGCGGGUUUUAUAAAUUCAUAAAAAUGUCCGGUUUUUAUGAUUUUUCACAGGACCAAUUUGAAAAAGAAUCCCUCCGGCUGCUGGGUGGCAGCGCCUGCCUGCGAUGACAUGGCUCCUAAUCGUAGGGAGGGAAGGCGUAGUUCUUCUUGUUUUUGUUGGCAGUUUACCCCUAUCAUGAGGCAUUAUCGCCAUCUACUGGGUUGACGAUUUGGCCACAACGCCUGAAGUUUUUUACGAUAAAUACGUAUAUAAUGGAAACUGUUGACUUCUGUCGGAACUUUGACUGUAAAAUCCCGUUUGAUGUCGCAUCGUUGCGCUGCCGAUGAUUGUAAACUUUUAUAGCAAAGUUUGAUUUUUGCCUCAGCUAGCUAUCAGUAAGCUAAACCGCGCUAGGCAUUAUGGGAAACGUAGUUUUGAACUGCUACGUUUGGAAACAUGCUGGUUGAAUAGUUUGUCAGUUUAUUUCGGUUUUUGUUUGUGUGCAAUCGAAAACAUUGAAUGAGAAUAUCAAUUGAAUGGGAAUAAAGAUUUGUCAAGGACAAUUGUCGUGAUAGUAAUUUAUAAAAAUGUUUAGUUGGCACAUAGCCUACUGUGUGUAAGUGUAUUGACUGAACUACAUUUCUAUGGGUCUGCAUGAUAUAUUAUACAUAUAUAUAUAUAUAUAUACACAUAUAUAUUAGGGGUGUCAAACGAUUUAAAUUUUUAAUCGAGUUAAUUACAUCUUAAAAAUUAAUUAAUCGUAAUUAAUCGCAAUUAAUUGCAAUUCAAACCAUCUAUAAAAUAUGCCAUAUUUUUCUGUAAAUUAUUUUUGGAAUGGAAAGAUAAGACACAAGAUGGAUAUAUACAUUCAACAUAUGGUACAUAAGUACUGUAUUUCUUUAUUAUAAUAAAUCAACAAGAUGGCAUUACCAUUAUUAACAUUCUGUUAAAGCGAUCCAUGGAUAGAAAGACUUGUAGUUAUUAAAAGACAAGUUAUAGAAAUUUUAUAUCAAAACCCCUUUUCAUGUUUUCGUUUGAAUAAAAUUUGUAAAAUUUUCAAUCAAAAAAUAAAGUAGUAGCCCGCCAUUGUUGAUGUCAAUAAUUACUUACACAAUGCUCAUGGGUGCUGAAGCCUAUAAAAUCAGUCGCACCCAAGUGCUAGCAGAGGGCGGCAAAACUCCGAAAAAUACAACAAGUACACCUUUCACUGUGCUCUCAUUUUAAUCUGUUUGAGCGGGGCAUUUGUGCUUUAAUUGCGUCAAAUAUUUUAACGGGAUUAAUUUAAAAAAUUAAUUAUCGCUCGUCAAAUAUUUUAACGGGAUUAAUUUAAAAAAUUAAUUACCGAUCGUUAACGCGAUAAUUUUGACAGACCUAAUAUAUAUAUACAUAUAUAUAUAUAUAUAUAUAUAUAUAUGUUUUUUUAAAGACAUUAUUUAUUUAUUUAUUUAUUUCAAACUGCAUUUUUCCAUCCAGAGUGAGGGGGCACACUUUAAAUAUAUUAAAGUGAUAUAGGCAUCUUUGAGUGAACUUCGAGUAAAAUUCAAGUAUGUUGAGGCCGGGCUGAGUGUCCUCUUUUUUGGAAAUCAAAAUAUAUUCACCCUAGCUAGGAUGCGACCAUUGACUGGCGCUAGCUUAGCUACUCCGGAGCCCUGAAAUUAAUAACUAACAAACUGCACAGAAUUUGUUGAAAUCCACUCCACUGACAAAUUCCGCUAUGAAAAUGUUUAAAUGUUGUAAUAUCAAAUAAAGGUGGUUAAAAUACAUUACGUGAUUAAUGUGGUCAACAGAUAAACACUCUGCUUUAAAGCUACCACAAGAAAACAAAAUGCUUAAAAGCUAUCAGAGGAAAGCACACGCUAAAUGUAUUUUGAGGCAAUGUAAAGGUUAAAAAAAAAAACCGAAAAAAGGUAGCGCACUGUACAUUGGUUGGAUGUCUCACGUGGUAGGAAGGAAUUUCAGAACAUCGUUCUGCAUAGAGUUAUCCGUCCCCCUGUUUCAAGUCACGGCGCAUCUAGCUCGUAAGGCGAGCACGCUUAGCCGCUAGGCCAAAAGCCCAGGCUAGCAGCUGUAGGCACCAGCACGCUCUCUUGAAGGAAUCAGGAGGGAGGUUUCACAUUCAACGUACACAACAGACCUCCGUGCACCCAUUACAUAUGUCCCGGUACUGUUCACACAGCACAUCUAAAAUGCUGUAUCGAGAGUCACUUUUUGUUUUUAAUUCAACAGAAAUAGUUUUUGUACUACAUUAUUUCUAAAGACUUAAUUUUUUUAAACAGAAGACCAAUUUAUUUUAAACGGUUUCCACUGUCGUGUUGAGCUAUUGCUACAUCUUGUACUGUAUGAUUGUAGUAUCAUUUAAAUGUGAUAUUCUCCACAUGAACACAGGUAUUUUGAAAUUCUGAUAUUUUCUACAAUUCCACCUUUUGUCCCACUAUUACCUUGCAGUUGCAAUAACAUACUCGCAUAUGGAAAAUCUCACAUUUAUUAUUUACUUACGUAUUUUAAAAUACCUGUGUACAAGUGGACUUAAAGUAGCAUUUUGGUCAAACCCAUUCUUGUUCGUUGCUACUUAGAGGAAAUAUAAACAUGGCUAUUACACUGAAAAACAGAGAUAAACGAGAUUUUUCCAACAUGACUUGAAGUGUGUAAUGGACAAACGUCAAUAAGCUGUAGGGUAGAAGGAAGCUACUUUUAAAAGACUUUAGUCUCUCGCUGUGAAACUGCUUGUGAGAACUAGUCCGUGAGUUCUUAGAAUGUCGUCUUGUUGCUGCUACUGUUGCUGCUGAUUUGUAUUUAGACAAUGUGGAUGCUUGAGGGGUGUUUUUGUCAAUAAAAAGUGAAAGUAAAGAAAGAUUAUAUUACCAACUUCUAUCAAGGUUGUGGGAAUUACUGUCUUUUAAUUAUUUGUUGAAGACAAAUGGUAAAUGGUGACACUAUGGAGGAUGGGUUUUUAGAGCAGGCACUCUCUCUGGUGGUCAGAGCUGAAUUCUAUUUUAAACAUGAAGGGUUCAAAUUCUUCUCAAAUUUCACGCCAAAAUUUUAUUUUCAAAUAUGUAUAGUGACCUCGUAAUUUAUGAUACGCCUAUAUCAUGAUUACAAAUAAUAGUUAGAAUUGUCUUAUUUCUGCCACACAUCAAUUUCUGCGUAUUACUCUUUUGGUACUUAUUUUUAUUCAGUAAUUUAUAUUUAGCUGAGAAUUUCAAAAUGUAUUAUCAUUAAUAUUACAAUAUGUUUCUUUAUGUUGACGGUCUCGGUUUCAACAACACCGACUUAACAUACAGUCUUUAUUCAAGUUGAAAGACCUGAACAUAGCCACUAUCACCUAUGAUAUACUGGAGCUUAUUUAUGGUACCGAAUCCUAUGCUAAUGUAUUGCACUAGAGUACAAGGGUUUCUACAUUUAUCAGGAAAUCUCAUUUAAUUCUUUUUAAUCCCGCAUUAAACUAAUUUAAUGCAAGUGCAGAAAGCUUCACACACACAAAUUGUAAGUAGAGUUGUCUGAUAAUGACUUUUUUUUUUUACUGAUAACCUGAUAUUGUCCACCUCCAAAUAUCUGACACAGAUAUCAAACCUAUACCAAUAUAUACAGUCGUGGACUUAACAUAUUAUGGCUAAUUGUAUUGUGAUGCCCCACUGAAUACUUUUACAAUUAUAAACGUAAUAACUCCAAGAUUUUCCAAUAAACAUUCUGGGAAUGUUCAACUGAAGUAAUUCAAAAAGUGCCUAUUCAGUAUUGCACCACUAUAUUUAUUGUUGAAAUCAAAAUAAUACAUAAUCAGUUUUUUGGGGAUGAAGUGCACGUGAAAACCGCCAAUUAGGCACUGCCAUAUCACAUAUUCCUCAAAAAAUGCUUCAGGCACGCAGCUUCAGUACAGUGAAUGAGGUAUGUAAUGAGUUCAUACAGUAAUUCAUUAUUAUUAUUAUUAGGGCUGCAGCUAUCGAUUAUUUUAGUAGUCGAUUAAUCGAUGAACCAUUAGUUCGAAUAAUCGAGUAAUCGGAUAAGGAACAAGAAAAUUUAAAUUACCUGGGCUGAGCCUCAAAUGGUAUUAAAAAUAAAUAAAUGAGGACCUACGUACAACAAAAACUUACAUAGCAAAAGUCCGCUAGUUUAAAUGCUAUAAAAUGCUGUAUGUUUGUAUACUGUAUGUAUAUGUAAAAUGUUUUUACAAUGCUCUUAACAAAUGGUUCAGACACAUUCCCACAAAAAUAGGCUAAAAAUACCUUUAAACUGAAUAACGAAUGCAUUAAAAAAAAAAAAAAUUAGCUCAAACAGGGAGCACCUGGAUUCAGCCAUGUGAAAUGAGGCAAACUAGAAGGCAGAGUAUCCACCCAAAUCAAUAAAACUAAAUGCAAACACUUUUAAAAUAAACCAUUACAACGCCACUUAAAUUUAACGAAUACUCGGAUCAGCAAAAUUUUAUCUUCUUUAAUCUUUUUUUCUAAUCGAAUACUCGAGUUAAUCAAUUAAUCGUUGCAGCACUAAUUAUUAUUAUUCAUUAUUUAUGUUUCAUUCAUUUAUUCAUUUAAUUUUUGCACCGGGAAUGCAAAUGGUCUACUUACACAACAAAUCCAAAGAAUCUUAGUUUUUUUUACAUAAUUUUUGUUCCUCGAACAUUUAGUCAAAUGCUUUUUAAGGCCUGAAUUUUGACAAAUUCUAUUAAAUGACUUUUAAUACUUUUUAAUGACUCGCAUAAACCCCGAGUACACUGGAAAACGUAACUCCUGGUAACCAAACCAAGCGCUAGAUGUUGAGCUUCGAACUUUUAGCUCAGCCGUUUACUCAAACGGCAACCUGGUUAGCAACUUGUUUAGGCGAUUGAUCCAGACCAGUAUUACAUUAACUCAGGAGUAGAUUCACAAGCACAACAAAUAUUUCGAAACAAUAACUAAAGCAACUCAUGCCCAGACAGCAAAAUAUAACUGGAGCGGACAUAGGCCAGAUGUACAGCAAAUUUCGGCCAGAUUUGUAUCAAAACUGUUUUUAGUAUUUAAUUUGGGGUCACUUUUGUUCAAUGUAUCAUACUGUAUUAUGUUUGUGUUGCAAAUUCAAAUUUUCUAUUAAAAGCAAUCAUUACAACACACAUUGUUUUUUUUUUUUAUACCAUUUAAUAAUGCUAACUUAUUAAUGCACCAUAACAAUACACUGCUUUUUCA